ACCGCGGGCCGGAGGGGCGCGCAAACCUGCCGCUGGCGCUGGGGAUGGGGAGCUCUCCGGUUUGCACUGCUCGGAAAUUAGUUGAAUACAGUGAAUUAGAGAAAACAAGUUGAAAAAUGAUAAGUAUAAUGAGAUCUCAUUUGUGGGGGAAGAUCCACGGGGCCAGACUCUAUGUGUGCACGUGCAAAUACAUUGAAAAGGGUCUGACGAAGCUGGGGGAAGGAGGAGGUUGGGAGAGCUGAUUGAAGGGAGUGUACUUGGUAUAUUGCACAUUCAGCGCAUAUGCCGCUGAAGCGAGCCCAUGUAUAUGGCAUAUUUCUGAGAUAUUUAACAUUCUUGAUGUUUAGAAUGAAAGUGUAAUUGAAAAAAAAAAAGAGAUCGCAUUUGCGAAGCUCGAAUAUCCUCUUGCUUCCCAUUGAUAGGGACCUACUCAGAUUCUCAGAGCACCGGCGACUUUGAGAGUUAACGGAAGCUUUUCCAAAUUCUUUCUCUCCCUUCCUCCACUACUCCACCUCCGCUCGCUCCCGUCGCCUUUCUUUCCUCAAAAUCCUUAGAACUGGCCUUUGUCGAGGAGUCUUCCUCACAGCCUUUCUCAUUGUCACAUCCUCCCUGCAAAACCUAUUCCCAAAGAGGAAACAUUUGAAAGAUAGUAAAGCUACUCUCAGGCGCAUAAAUAUUUGAAUUAGACAUUGUUCCUAAACCAUAUUUGAUAAAAAUUAAGAUAAUAUGUUUACAGGAUGUUUCUGUUUUCCCCAGUCUUACCAAAGUGCUUCUUAUUAGAAUGACCACAUGAUGUUAAAUAUUUUUUCAUUUUGAAAUAAUUUCAGGCUUAGAAAAAAGUUACAAAAAUAGUACAAAUAAUUCCAUUAUAUCCUUCACUCAGCGUUCACAAAUCUUAACAUUUUACAUAGCCAUAGUACAAUAAUCAUAACUAGGAAAUCAGCAUUACUACUACUCUAUUAACUAAUCUGCAGAUAUGGAUCAAUUCAAAUUUCUACAGUUAUUUAACCAAUAUCUUCUUUUUUGUGGUCCAGGAUUCAAUCCAGGACGUCGCAGUGCAUUUGGUUGGCAUGUCUUGUUUCUUUUAAUCUGUGACAGUUUCUUAGUUUUUCUUUAUUGAUGACUAUGAUACUUUUGAAAAGUACUGGCCAAUUUUGUGGAAUGUCUUUUAAUUUGGGCUUGUCUAGUAUUUUCUCACUAUUAAGGUUAUGCAUUUUGUGGGGCAAAAAUAUCACAGAAGUGAUGUGUCCUUCUCAUGAGGCACAGUAUGUCAACAUGUCUCACUAAUGGUGAUGUUAACUUUGAUCACUUGGUUAAGGUGGUCUCUGCCAGUUUUGGUCAGUGAAAAGUUGUGAUUUUAAUUUUUGUGUUUAAUUAUAGGGGGAAGUGUUCUCAUCACAUGCAAGUAUGAAGAAAAGAAGAGGAGUGAGUUUUAGUUUUUGUUUUUGUUUUGUUUGUUUUGUUGUUGUUGUUUUUUUUGGAUCACUGACCGUUUUGAGUAUCUGCUAUCUAUGAACUGUUUCCCCAGAAAAACACACAAACUCACAUUGCCUUAGAGCAAAAUACAAUCCAAUGUCAAAAAUGGUUGGAGGGUUAGCAAGGGAGGGACAAACAGGCUGCCAGGCUGUCAGAGGCUUCCCAGAUGCAGUGUCCCCUCCUGCCAUAUGGCACAACUCGGCUCUCUUGGCAGCUCAGAUGGGCAGCUAAGGCUGCACAGCCCAUCUGGUUCCCUGUCAUUUUCCGCCAGACCUCUUCCUCAACCCUCAAUAUCUUCCUCUCCCCCUUUAUCACGGAGUCCCCAGUGUGCUCAGCUUUCUGGCCCCCUCUUCACGCCUUAUGAGGUCCUGCCUGUCACUGGUUCUUUCACUACCUCUUCACCUCUCUCACCGACCUCCUGCUUAGAAACAGGGCUCAGAAGCCCGAGUGAGAGGACCUGACCACUUCCCAAUGUAUAGAGCAGGGAUAUGCAAUAAGGGAAUAACUUAUUGCAUAAAUAUGUCAACCCUCUCCCUUUUGAUCGGCAUAGAAAUCUUGCCACGUUUUCUUGCCUGUCUGAAAACGAAGAGAUGACGAACACGCCUCACGUCUAUAGCUGAUACAGCGAUUACCAACGGACAGAGAGCUGUGCACGCUCCGACCCUGCAAAGGCAGGGUGUGGUUGGAGAAAGAGAAGUGGGAGAACAGGGAUCAGGGCCGUUAUAACGAAACAUUCUUGUUUCUGAAAAUGGAAAGAUCGUGAACUCCCAGAACCCGCUCCUUCGCCCGCCAACCCCUCCGCCUCCUGCCGCGAUGGCAGCCCCCGGCGCCAGGCCCAGCCGCAGGCCCGCCACGGCUCGCGGCAAAGCUUGGCGCCCGGGUGCGCGCCUCGGCCGGAGGCGGUGGCGGGGCGGGGCCCAGAGAAGGCCGGCAGGGGCGGGGCCGCGGCGCGCGCCGGGGAAAUCCCACCCGGGCUAUGACGUCACAGCGGCGCCGGCCAAUAAGAAGCCGUCGAGGGGGAUUCCCGCGCCAACUGCCGCCCCGCCGGCUUUUUAAAUGGUACCCUGGGGAACACCUUGCAGCGGCGCUGGGAGGAGUGGGGCACCUGGAGGGAGGUGGUGAAAUAGAAUGGUCCUGGGGGACGGGACUCCAGGGGUUUGACGAUUAGGCGUCAAGACUGACUUAGACCUGGGAAGAAAACCAGAGGCAGUCGAGCAGAGAGGCCAAACGCCAGGCAGGGCGAAGUCAGCCGGAGAUGGAGUGGAAACUGGAGCGCACGGCGCCUCGGAAGGUCCGCACGGAAGAGGAGAUGCUGUGGGAAAGCAUAAUGCGUAUGCUCUCCAAAGACUUGAAGCAGAAGAGAAGUCAAGACUCCGCCAAGGUACUUGAUUCAGUUAAUGCUACGUAUUCUGACUUUAAGAGCAACUUUGCGAAGAGGCUGUCCGCAGAGGUUCCUGUUGCGAGCAGCCCCAUUACCACAAGGUGGCAGCAAAGUCAAACUAGGGCUCUGUCCUCUGAUUCCUUUGGGGAAGAGCAGUCAACCACCUACCUCCCAGAAGCUUCUGGAUCAGUGCUGAAGACAACGCCUGAGAAAGAGACCUUGACUCUAGGAUCCUGCAAAGAACCACUGAAGACCCCCAGCAAAGGCAUUUAUGAAACAAGUAACUCUGCUCUCCAUUUUUGCAAGGCACCUCAUGCAAUGGACAGAGACUGGAAAGAAAAUGUUGCCUCAAAAGGGCAGAAAUGCCUAAAACAACUCUUUGUAACCCAGAAAGUGGUUCAGCAGGCUAAUGGAAAAAUGCAGCUCUGUGAGCAAUCCCAAUGUGUUUGGAAAGGCUGCAAAGAUGGAGUCAGAGAUGAAUCCUUCCAUCUUAAAAGGUCCGGUGAUAUAAAUGAUUCCAUACUCCAACCAGAGGUGAAGAUUCAUCUUACUGGUCUUCGAAAUGACUACUAUCUGAAUAUCCUAGACUGGAGUUUUCAGAAUCUUGUUGCCAUAGCCCUGGGCUCUGCUGUAUACAUCUGGAAUGGGGAGAACCACAAUGGGAUUGAAAACAUAGACUUAAGUCUCACUUGUAACUAUAUCUCUUCUGUGUCCUGGAUGAAAGAGGGAACUUGCCUGGCAGUUGGCACCAGCGAGGGAGAAGUGCAAUUAUGGGAUGUGGUAACUAAAAAGCGGCUGAGAAAUAUGCUUGGUCAUUUGUCAGUAGUUGGCGCUCUGAGCUGGAAUAACUUCAUCUUCAGCAGUGGGUCAAGACUGGGGCGUGUUUAUCAUCACGAUGUUCGGGUAGCCCAGCAUCAUGUUGGAACACUUCGCCACAAGCAAGCUGUGUGUGCUCUGAAGUGGUCACCGGAUGGCAGGCUGCUUUCCAGUGGCUGCAGUGAUGGACUGCUGACAAUAUGGCCCCACGAUCCAGGUGCCAGUGCACAGGGCCAACCGCUGAAAGUCAUACCCCAGUCUACAGCAGUCAAGGCCAUGGAUUGGUGUCCCUGGCAGUCUGGGAUCCUUGCCAUUGGAGGAGGAAUGAAGGAUGGACGCUUACACAUCUUGGAUAUAAAUGCUGGGAAGAGCAUCCAGACCCCAAGCACAAACUCACAGAUUUGUUCCUUAAUCUGGCUACCUAAGACAAAGGAGAUUGCAACUGGCCAAGGUACUCCCAAGAAUGAUGUGACUGUGUGGACCUGUCCCACUGUGUCCAGGUCAGGCCACAGGGGCAGAGUGCUGCACCUGGCUUUGAGUCCAGACCAGACCCGGGUGUUUUCUGCUGCAGCUGAUGGGACGGCCUCUGUAUGGAAUUGCUACUAGCACCCAGCCCCUCUAGGUUUCAGUUUCCUUAUUUCUAAGUGAAGAUGAUGAUGUUGGCUAUGUCUUCUCCAUGGGGUUUUUAUGAGUAUCAAACAAGUUCAAAUACUCUUCUUGAUGUGAAUGCCUGUUCUCCUGUUCUUCUUUUGCAGAUUGCUUUACUUGCUCUGCUUCCCAGAGAUCGACUUCUUUUCUUCUCUGCUUUCUUCUUUCUGCCCCUCUUCCUCCCCCUCCUCUUCUUCCUCUCAUUCUUACCCCAUUCUAUAGAUUCAUUUUCACUACUUUAUUCAGAAUAACAUCUAUAGCAAAGAUUUCUACUUCUUUCCCGUAUGACUUUUCUCCCCAGCUCCAAACCUCAUAUUUCUGAUUGCCUCAGGAUAGUUCCUUUUUGAGAUACUUUCCUGUCUUUAGCUCAAUCUCAACACAUUGAAAACACAACUCAUUCACUUGAAAAACACUUACUGAAAUCUCACUAUAUGCUAGGCAGUAUGUUAAGUGUGCAUAUUACUCUCUCUAAAAAUCAGUUCUCUAGGAAUCCCUUUCCCCUCCUGAUGGUCUCAUCCUUAUUCUGGUCUCCUACUCAGGGAACCUCCUGAUUAUUCUGCUGUUUACUUCCUCAGUUCACCCAUUGCUCUCUUUUCUUUUGCUUCACCUAGUCACAUCCUGUGUGCCUGACAGCCAGUCUGCUGUCAUUGUCUUAGAACUGAUCCUCUUGACUCCACACCACUGCUAGGUUGAACAUCUAAAAGUCAUGUGCCGAUCCUCUCAGUCCUCUGCUCAUCAAUUCUCAAGGACAACCUAUUACCAAACACCUUUGACCUCAACCUCUGGAGUCCUGAGCCCAGGACUCGAAGUUAGGAGAUCUGUUCUUGCCUUGGCUCUGCCAUAAAUACACCCUGUAACCUUGGAUGUGUUGCAACAUCUGCAAGGAUAGGAAUUUGGAUUUGAUCACUGCUAAGGUUCCUUCAAACUUGAUCAGUUCGCUGUUGUGUCUUUUGAAUGUUAAUUCCCAUUCAUCUCCUAUAUUAAGACUUUGGCUAAGUCUUGUGAUUUCUUGCCUUGUUGGAGCUUUUCUUCUAAUCUGAAUUCUUGCUUCUCUCUCCUUUUCCUUUACACACCCACACAAGUCCUAACCUCUCCAGGAAGUGUUUUGAAAUGAUGUUACCUGGGUUUGAGUUCUUGGCAUUAGCCUGUAUCAUCUAUUUGGUAUUAUUAUACUAUUAUAGCUGUUUAAAAAAAUCUUUUAUUACUGUUUGAAUCAUUGGUUGUUUUGGUUUUAACAUCCUGAGGAGUUUAAAUUGAGGGCUUGAGGGAGCAUGCGUUAUAUUUUUUGGUGCUCCUUCAUAUGUUCUGCACAUGCCAGAUAUCAAAUAUUGGUUGAUUUUUUUUUUUGCUUUGACAUGAAUUUUUUUACUAAUACAUACCUAUUCCCUAUGCCCCCAAAAUUGACACAACAAAACAAAAACUUUAAGAAUUCAAAAGUAGAAUAGUAUAUACCAGGGGAGUUUAGGACUCUUCUGUUAAAUUAGUGUUAAUUUGUCAAUAUAUAUUUUUAUUUUCCCUGUUUUUAAAAUUUAGAUCUGUUUGAUAAUGUUAGUAAUUCUUGCCUUAGAAAAUUUUAGGCCACUGAAAGCCACAGAAGUGAUAGUUUUCUGCAAUGCACACUCUUCUUUAAUGGUUUUAAUUUGAUCUUCCUAAUAUACCAGGUAUAAACUCUAAGAAAAUGUUUAGAAGAAAAUAAGCAAAAUGAUUAGACCAUUUCCAGUGUCCCCUGCCAUUCUGUUCUGGAUACUUCUGUUCUAAUACUCUCAUGACACUAUGUCAUGACCAAAGGGCACUUCUCUCAAUUAAUACUGGCAUGUGAACAAGAGGCUCUCAUUUAAGAAAAAUAUUAAUAUAUCUGUUACUACGAUUAGUUUUGUUGGGAAGUUUGGAAUAUGGUUUUCAUAAAGAAAAAGGUAAGCUUUCAGAUAGCACAGAAAAGCCUGGGCUACAACUUAUUUUAAAAUUUUGUAAUUAAAAUUUUUUCAUGGAAUAAUAAUUCACAUAUAGUAAAGCACAUGUCUUAAGUUUAUAGCUUGAUGAGUUUUAAAUUUAUGAAUAAAUAACUGUGUAACCAACAUCUAGAUCAAGAUAUGAACAUCUCUAGUACCCUAAAGGGAUCCCUCAUACCCACUCCUAGUUAGCAGCUCUACAUUUUUCUGACUGCUAUCCCCAUGGAUUAGUUUUUCCUUAUGCCAACUUUCAGAUAAAUGGAAUCUCAUCAUGCAUAUUCUUUUUUAUCUCACUUUUCCUCAAUAUUAAAUUUGUG